AUGUCGGCCUCACGGCAACAACCAGGCUUGGCUUGCGAGGAAUGUCGCAAGAAGAAGCUUCGAUGUGAUAGGCGACGCCCUCAGUGUAAUCAAUGCGAAGACUCGGGCACAGCGUGCUAUGUGAACCAAGUUCGCUCGCCACGGGGGCCCAAAAAAGGGCAUUUGAAAGCGCUGCGUAAUCGUAUUGCAACCCUUGAGAGUAUCAUCAACUGCGAUCAGUCGAAGCCCGAAGACACGAGCAAAGGCGAAGGAUGUGUCCAAAUAGAAGAGAUAUCACAUAUCCUGAGUCCAUCACAGGAAUAUCUCUUCAGCACUACGAUGUCAGAAGCAGCGGCCCUCUCAAGCUCCUACGAGGAAUCCUCCAUCACAAUGGAUUCCUUGCCUGAUCCAGAUGACCUAUCAGAUAUGAUCGAAGCAGAUCUCGACCAAUUAUACUUCGACAGAGUCCAUCCCAUCGCGCCCAUGCUUCACCAGGCUCGCUACUUCUACUGGUCACGCAGGUGCAACAAGCCUGACUCCCACGCCUGUCUCCAGCUAGCAAUGUGGGCAAUGGCAGCAGCAGCCUCGGCCCAUCUGCAACACAUGCGCGAAUCUCUCUACAGACGUGCACGGUCUAAACUUGAAGCUCUCGACAAUGACAUCGAGGCCGCAAGUGCGGCUACCCUUCAAGCUGCUCAGGCUUGGCUUCUGAUUACGCAUUAUGAGUUCCGGUAUAUGGGAUACCGGCGGGCGUGGCUGACUGCAGGACGAGCAUUUCGGAUUAUCCAAUUGGCCAAACUGCAUGAGAUUGAUCGGCUCAAUGAGGUUGGAGUGGCAAUUUCUCUUCCUGACAUUUGGGUUGAGGCGGAAGAGAAAAGACGCACCUAUUGGCUGGCGUACUGUCUGGAUCGAUUCCUCAAUAUCACAGAUGAGUGGCCCUUAAGUCUGCACGAGGAGGCACUCUGCACAUACCUUCCAGCCAGCGAGGGAGACUUCCAACACGGCAGACCAUCAGUGACCACGUUCCUGUAUGAUGCCAUCGAGGACUCGGGCAACAAAAUCCUGCCCACAUUCGCAGAAACCAUCGUCCUGACAACCCUGUGCUGGCACAGUGUCACCUUCCACCGCAUAACACCCGAUACCGACCCCUCCUCAACACUGUCAUCUAUUUUCUGGAAGCGGCACGCCCGUCUAUACCAAAUGGUCCAACAGCGAUUGAUGCUCCUAUCCCUACCCGCCUCCUCGCCCGAACUCCACGACCCAAUGCGCCUAUUCACAAACAUGCUCGCCAACUCCGCCGUCCUCUGGUUCUACAAUAUCAUGGAAGCACUGAAUGCAGAAAUCGACGACCAGAUGUUACUGGUGCCACUCUACUCCGCGUAUGAGGUAGUUUCCCUUGCGAAACCACUUGUACGAUCCAGCUUCUUCAAGGCACAUCCGUUCUCUCCAAUGCUGUUGUAUCUGUCUGCAAAGUUUCUCAAGUCUCAUCCCGAUAGUGCCUCAACGGAGGAUAAGCUGCAACGAGUAGAGGAACUCAAAAAGGCUUUGCGGGUUCUACAGGGGGGAAAUAACUUGGCUUUGAAUUAUUUGGACUUGUUGGAAUCGGAACAUUCGCACAAAUGGUGCAAUUUGUCGCCGCUUGGGGGUUCGGUCGUGUCUGAUGCUGAGCAGUCGGAGGCGUCUUUCUUUUUUGAUAUUAUGAAUCUCUUUUGA